AUGGCCCUCCCGAAACCCAAAUUCCACCACCACGACAACAACGACGACAACAACAACAACGACACAGCACCAACAACAAACAACAGAGAGGAGGAAACACGACAGCUCAUGCAUAUUGAGCGACUGGUCCCCCCAAAGGAUAAGCCUGGCAAGAAGUUUUGGCCCUUUGGUGGCAGCAACUCCAAGCGCGAGGACAAAGCCUCAGUGCGCAAAGAUGACAUUUCGGGUCCCAUUGAUUUCGUCCACGAGGUUCACGUUGGCUUUGACCCCAAAACGGGCGAAUUCUCGGGACUGCCGCCGCAAUGGAGCGCCCUUUUGCAAAUAUCGGGCAUCUCCAAGAACGAAAUUGCUCGCAACCCCCAAGCCAUGGUGGAUGUACUGGGUUUCUACACAGAAGACAUUGGCGGUGGUCAAGAACCCAAGGGCCAGCUUAAGUACAUGACCGUGGACGGCUCUCAAAAGAAGUCAGCCAAACAGACUGUACAGAUCAAUCGCAAGGACUCAGCCACCCCCGGCCGCGACAGUCCCAGCAGCUCGGGCACUGCCGCGCAGGCACCCCCCGUGGUAGCCCGCCCUGAGUUUACAAAGUCGGAGAAAACCAAG